GUCUGGUGACGCCCAGAGAGCGCCGGCGGCGGAGCAGUCUGGGCCUCCGCGCUCGGAAGUCAGCUGGCUGCUGGUAGCGCGCUGCAUGCAGUGUUUUGCUCGUUCUUGUGCCGCUUGUUUCCUCAGCCUCUGCCUCUCCUCCGUCUCCUCUGCCGCUCCGGCUCCGCACCAUGGCUUUCGUAACCAGGCAUUUCAUUCGCUCCAUGGCUUCUUCAUCCACCGCCUCGGCCAAGAAAAUCGUCAUCAAGCACGUGACGGUCAUUGGCGGCGGGCUGAUGGGCUCCGGCAUCGCGCAGGUCGCUGCAGCAACGGGCCACACAGUAGUGUUGGUGGACCAGACAGAGAACAUCCUGGCAAAAUCCAAAAAGGCAAUUGAGGAAAGCCUUAGGAGAGUGGCUAAGAAGAAGUUUGCGGAGGACCUGAAGGCUGGUGAUGAAUUCAUGGCGAAGACCCUGAGCAGCAUAUCGACCAGCACAGACGCAGCGUCUGUGGUCCACAGCAUGGACCUGGUGGUGGAGGCCAUCGUGGAGAAACUGGAGGCGAAGAAUGAGCUCUUCAAGAGGCUGGACAAGUUUGCUGCCGAACACACAAUCUUUGCCAGCAACACUUCCUCGUUGCAGAUCACUAGCUUAGCCAAUGCCACCACCAGACAGGACCGAUUUGCUGGGCUCCAUUUCUUCAACCCAGUGCCCGUAAUGAAGCUCGUGGAGGUCAUUAAAACACCAAUGACCAGCCAGAAGACAUUUGAAUCUCUGAUGGACUUCAGCAAAACCCUGGGAAAGCAACCUAUUUCUUGCAAGGACACGCCCGGGUUUAUUGUGAACUACCUGCUAUUGCCAUACCUCUUGGAAGCGAUCCGGCUAUAUGAACGAGGUCAUGCAUCCAAGGAAGACAUCGACACUGGCAUGAAGUUGGGAGCUGGGUACCCCAUGGGUCCAUUUGAGCUUCUCGAUUUCAUUGGGCUGGAUUCUAUGAAGUUCAUCAUCAAUGCAUGGCAUGAGAUGGAUCCACAGAACCCCUCCUUUCAACUCAGUGAAUCCUUGAAUAAGCUGGUGGCAGAGAAUAAGCUUGGCAGGAAGACUGGGGAAGGAUUUUACAAAUACAAAUGAUGUGCAGCAUCUCUGGCUCCGGGAAGACUGUAAGCUCAUACCAGCAGCUGCACCAAGGGCCUGUGGAAACGCUCUUGGGUCAGACCUUCCCUCACACGGCACAGUCUGUUUGAUGCGCAUUUUGAUUGUAACCUAGCUGUAGUGAUUAUUUACACAUAGCAGAGUCCUCCAUUGAGAACUAAGUCCCUUUUUUCGUCUGUUGAUUUCUGUGUAUUUUCUAAAAAGCUUUAUACCCUUGGUGCCUUGGAGCAGUAAUGUCUUUUGAACCUUGUCAUUUUCAUAAAGCAUUGCCUGAAUUCAUUCACUUGUAAAUGAGGAAGCACUUUUUCCAAAAGUGUGCUGCGGUUAUCGCUGCCACAUGGGAGGGUCACGAUCUCUGACACGUCCAUGAUGUGCCUGUGAGGUACGGCGGGUAGCAGCACUGCAGCUUGCCUUUAUGAGAACAUGUGCUGCCUGCAGCUUCAAGCCUUACCCUACAUUCUGUACAUGACGUAAGUGUCAUGUCUUUAUUCAGCUUAUCAUCAAGAUGCUGCUGCUAGAUUGGCAGGAAUAACUCCAUGUGUUUGGUUUGCAGAGGGGUUUCAUUUACAUCCAAAAUCUGAACGAUGAUUGUCUUUUUUUAAUAAGAAAUUAUGCCUAUAAGUUAACUCUAAUAAAAUGCAGUCUUUUAAUCUGUGAAAAUUUGAAUUGCAAUAAACUUGUAUAAUUUUAAAUGAUAAUAUGCUUAAAUGGUUAUAAAAGUAAAGGUUGGUAAUUUAGACAAAAGCUGUGCCCCUCUUCUUUGGCCUGUUGCUAUUUUUUAAAGUGGCAAGAGGUGUUCAUGUGUGACCUGCCUGCAGCUGUCACUCCAUAUUUCUUACCAGUAAAGCAAUGUUGAGGGCACAGAAAACAGUUUUUAAGGAGCAUCUGUUUCUUCUUUGCCAACAAAGAGAAGUAAUGUAACAUAAGCUUCUUUUAGUCAUUGGCUUGAGAAGGUGUCUUCCAAGACAAUUUUGAAGCUAGAAAGACAUUAGACCCUGAGGGUCCAACGGCCUCAUUAACGAAGACCCUCAGUUACCUGCCGAAAGUCACCAGAAAUUUUGUAGCAGAGUCAGGAUUAGAACUGGGUUUUGAUGAAAACAUUAAGUAUAAAAUAGCAAAUUUGAAAAUCUCAACUCCAAACUUUCAAACAGGACUAUCCCCACAAUGAGCAUCCUUGUUUGGUGUCCUGGGUUGUAGUUCUAAUGGUCAAGGGAUUUUUUUUUUUUUUUUUUAACUAGAAUCUAACUAUAGCAUAAUAGGAAAAUAAAUAUGUUCAUACAUUCCUACCACACAUAGACCCUGGUUUAGGAAACUUUUAGGUUAUUCUUAUAAAACAUUUCUUAACCAAAAAAAGGAAGCACCUGUGAUGCCUCUACCAUUUCCAUUACUAAAGGUUGCCCUUGAGGCCUGGCAGCCCCUGCUCAUCUCUGGCUGGCUGUGACCUUUGACCUGAGCCCUGGGCUUAGGAUGGGGCCUCAUUUCCUUGUUGCUGACUGGUGCACCCCUAGGAUUUGGGCCCUUGUCCUGGAAAUGGCGGGGCUCUAGACUCCUGAAUGUCAGGGCAGAGAACUCACAAUGUGGCCAACAGCCUGCCAGGAUGUGUGGGUUGGGGUCACAGUGAUCUUUUCUGGCUGAGGUUUUGAAUGCACUUUUAGCCUACCAGCGAGUCGGAAAGCUUGGCCUCUGAGCAUUCUUUUAUCAUUUUCAAAAGUUUUUUUCCUGCAUCAUGUUUGGGACCAGGAAGGGAUUUUGAACAUCCUCUUAACACAUGGGAGUCCUCAGUCCAGUACUCCGUGCCUCUGCUUUCUUGGGGGACCUUCCGCUGCCCACCGAGAGCUCCAGCUCCUUGGGGAGAAGGAAGGUCUCAGCAGUCAGGUUCUCUGCUUCUAAAUAAAAACCAGCUGUUGCUGUUUGCUGGGGUCUGCAUUGCAAAUGGCCUCUGCAAGACCCCCAGGGGUUGGAUUGGCCUUCACUGUACUGGCAGCACUUGUCUGGGUGCAGAUGCGGGGCGUGUCUCCACGGCUGCAUUUUCUCCCCGCAGCCCCAAACUCUCCUCCCAACAGCCCCCGGGGGUCUUUCAUCAGAUCUUGAAAGUAACUACCAAGUUUUUUUAGGUCAAGAGGAUACUUUUUUCCCCUCUCCCCAGUACUCCCUUCUCAGUGAUAUUUAUACUCCUAUAAUAAAAAUGAAAAUUUGAAAUUAAAAGCAAAGCCAUGCAAUUGAUAAAAUGGCAUGUUGGAAAAAGUGAAGUGAGCCUCUCAGCACAGCCAUCACCCCAGACUUCAUUUACAUUUAGCAAGACGACGUUCUCUGAAGAGUACUUUGAAUGCUUGUGAAGAUGUCUUUGUGAAAUAAAACUUCUGGCCCUUUAAUGUCCAUAAGAUUCACUGUUAAUUACAGCCUCUCGGGCAAAGUGGUUGGCUAGCUCCUUUUGACAUCAAUUUUAAGGUAUAUUUCUAGUCUGGGGACUAUAAAUGGCACUGCGUGGGGGUCAGAUGGCACCGGAUCUUGGAACUGAGAAACUACAGUAUAAAACCAGGUGGUAUAAAGUGAUUCCCCGCUGAGUGCUGUUAUAUAGCGAGUUUUCUGACUCUUAACUAAAAGUCAGCUUUCAGAAGCUCAUUUGAGACUCAACCGCUAAUCGGCGUAAAGGGUAGAACUAAUAUGUUAGUCACUGCUUAUACAACAUACACUAAUUACGCUUUCUGGGUUUGCCAGUUAUACAUUUCACUCAUUUGAAAUAAGCUUCUGUCUUGAGUCACCUUGAUUUUAAUCCCUUUAACAUUUUAACCUAAGUAACCAAUUACAUCUACCAAAAAUACAAGGUGUGGCUAUAAUUUUGUGGGACUAAUUUUCUUGUAAACAGAUAUUGAUGUUACAUAAAUAGCAACCUAAAAAAUGCUUUGAACGAUAGAUAUGUUUUGCUUUCGACCCAUUUGGUUGUGUAAAUUCUGUUUUUGAAAUCAGUCUCAAUAUUUCCUAAUCACAGUUUUUAUUUCUACUGCAGAAUGAAAUUUAACUCCUGAAAUAAAGAAAAAUUAUCAUUGGUACGAA